AUGGACGACGUGUCUCUCAAGCAGAAGCAGGCGGACGACAAGGACCUGGACAACCUCAUCUUCGACGGCGAGAAGAACGAGGCCGCCGCGGUCAAGGAGAACCAGCCGCAGACGCAGGACGGCGACUCGGACAGCGAGGACAAGAAGUCCACGGCCUCGGCCAAGGCCGACCGCUCCUCCAUGGGCAACGUGCUGCCGGUGGACAAGCUCAAGAACGGCGCCAACACGGCCUCCAAGGUAUUGGGUCAGACCUUCUCCAUGUUCAAGGAGAAGUCCGGCGCGGCGCUGGAGGCGGCCAAGUCCUCGAACGCGGGUAAAACCAUUGCCGGCGGCCUGAGCACGGCGGCUACGGCCAGCCAGGAGCGGUACGGCAAGCUCAAGGAGACGGAUGCCUUCAAGAAGUCGUCCACGCUGGCCAGCGGCGCCUACGAGCGGACGUCUAUCGUCGCCUCGGGCGCUUUGGAAAAGGCGCGUGCGGCGUCAGCGACUGGACUCGAGAUGGCGAAGCACACUGCUGCCGCCAGCAUUGAGACCAUCAAGUCGAAGACGGGCAAGAAGGGCGGCGAGAACUAAGCCAGCACCGAAGUGGGUUGGUCUCGUGCGGACGCGGGCGACAGCUGGAUCCUGCUAAACAGCGUGGGCUCCGUCGUUGACUCAUCGCCGCCUCGAAUCGGGAUGGGGAUCUGCCUGCCUUGCCUCCUCUUCUACUUACAUGCAUAAUAACGUUGCUUUGCGUACUCGACUGCAGUUAUGAG